CCGAACAACAAUACGACGUUUAUCAGCAACGACACCUGCGUUAACUGGAAUCACUAUUAUACCGAGUGCAAGGGUCAGGGCAAUAAUCCUUUUCAAGGCACAAUUUCGUUCGAUAAUAUCGGCUUGGCCUGGGUAGCCAUAUUUCUCGUGAUCAGUCUGGAAGGAUGGACGGAUAUAAUGUACUACGUGCAGGACGCUCAUUCUUUUUGGGAUUGGAUAUAUUUUGUCCUCUUGAUCGUCAUCGGCUCCUUUUUUAUGAUCAAUCUUUGCCUGGUCGUGAUAGCGACGCAAUUUUCCGAGACGAAGAAACGGGAGAUGGAAAGAAUGAGAUUAGAGCGCGCUCGGUUUCAUUCGACUUCGACUCUGGCUUCGUCUACGAAUACAUCCGAACCAACUACCUGUUACGCCGAAAUUGUCAAAUACAUAGCUCAUCUUUGGCGAAGAAGUAAAAGAAGACUAAUGAAGAGGUACAGAUUGUGGAAGUACAGAAGGCAGCAGAAACGCGAGCAAAAUUUGCUUAAGGAACAACAACAAGGUCAGCCGUUCCGGUCGGCUCCCAGCGGAGCAGGUUCGAACAGAACAGCAGCCGGUGACAGAAAAAUUCAUCACGGAAGGUGCCCUCGACUAUUGGCAGCGUUAGAGUACGCGGAGCAGCAGCAGCAGCAGCAGCAGCAGCAGCAGCAGCAGCAGCAGUCAUCCGGGAUUUGCGGUAGUGUCGGAGAGUUUGCAACGAAUGGGCCGGCCUCCCAGCCUGGUAUUACCAGUGGCGUUUCUAGUAACGGCACUGGUAACGGAAACAUGGGUAUCGCUCCGCGCGCGAGUCCUGAAGUUUCCGAGGCUGAAAUGUCGAGCAAUUCGUACAAUCGGCCGGGAUUAUAUCGCGCCGCCUCCGUCUCCUGUAACGGCAGCGACAAUAUCAUUUCCAACGCGACCGACACGAAUAACGCAUUGCUGAGCCCACCGUGUACUCACUACCGACGAAGGAGCAGCGUUAUGUUCAGCGACGUGGUCUUGCUACACGGUAGCAAUAGCGUUGGGAGCACGAUGCAAUCUGGUACCACGGUCGCUCCCACUGAGCGUAACGUUUGUUCGAGUGAAAAAAUGACGCAAACCGGUGACGGCAAUGUUUGGUCUAGCCCGCUGUCCGACCAUGCACAGAUACAAGUAGAAUUGGGUACGAAUGAAGCAAUGACGUGUCAAGAAUUAUUGGCACUCAGUGGAGCUCUCAGCGCUGCCUUACCAACCGGUCAAUUGGCGCUCGACUCUUUUUUAAAUUCCCUUACGAAAGGUAUCACGGAACGGCACAUUAUUUUGGAGGAUCGUGCACAAUGGUUGUCUUCCGAUUUGGAAAAUUGUUCGUGUUGCUGCGACGCGCAAAGCGGGCUCGAUCAUUGGCCGGAGAACGGCGAAAGAUGGCGAAGGUUCUCGAGAACUCGAAGGUUCUUCAGGACUAUCGGAAAUCGUUGCAUCAGCGGAUUACGUUGCAUAAGACGUUGGAUCAAGAAGCUCGUCGAACACAAGUAUUUUCAACAGGGUAUACUCUUGGCGAUUCUCAUAAACACACUGAGCAUGGGUAUCGAGUAUCACAAUCAGCCGGAGCAAUUGACUGUGCUCGUCGAGAUAAGCAACAUCGUCUUCUCUGCCAUCUUCGCCGUCGAGAUGCUACUCAAGGUAAUAGCCGAGGGCCCGUUCGGCUACAUCAGCAACGGCUUCAACGUCUUCGACGGCAUCGUCGUGAUCCUUAGCAUAGUGGAGCUGUGUCAAUCCUUCGUGGAGGAACGAGGCGGAAGUUCCGGCCUGAGCGUCCUUAGAACCUUCCGUUUGCUGAGGAUUCUGAAGUUGGUUCGCUUCCUGCCAAACUUGAGACGUCAGCUUUUCGUCAUGCUACGUACCAUGGAUAACGUUGCCGUAUUCUUUUCCCUUUUAGUACUUUUCAUCUUUAUAUUCAGCAUCCUAGGAAUGUACCUGUUCGGGGGUAAGUUUUGCAUGUGGGCGGACCGGAGUCGGCCCUGCACCUGUGCCGAGGUGGUCUCACGGCACCCGAUGUGUCGCUGUGAUCGCAAACAUUUCAACGACAUCGUCUGGGCCCUUGUCACGGUCUUUCAGAUAUUAACGCAAGAAGAUUGGAACGUGGUGCUUUUCAACGGUAUGCAAAAGACAUCCCACUGGGCUGCCCUCUACUUCGUCGCUCUGAUGACAUUUGGAAAUUACGUUCUCUUCAACCUUCUCGUCGCCAUUCUCGUCGAGGGCUUCUCUUCGGAGAGAAACGAGAGGAGGGAACGAGAGCAAAGGGAGAUGGCCAAGUUGGCAGCAAAGGAGGCAGGAAUGGGCAGCGAGGAAGGAUCCUCGAGGGUAUCGAGGUCUCACUCGAUCACUGACAGCGACACGUAUACACAGGAACGAAAGAACUCGUGGCAAAGCGCGGAGGAGCUUAGAAAAUACAAGGACAAUAGUUGUCGGGAAAAGCAAAACAGUAGUUGGAGGCAUCGCAUGGACGAGCCAAAGUGCAACAUUCAAAAGGAAAACAAGAUGAUGAGCGCCGUUGGUCAGCCACCGAUAAUCACACACACGGCCGCCACGCCUCAAGACUCGCCAAACACGACGCUCGAUGUUGGUUACAGAGACCUUAAUUAUCGUGCGGUUUUUCCAACGGCUGCCCUCUCCUUUGAGUCGAUAGACCGGACCGGUAGUCAAUGUAGCAUACCGUCUGGAUUGUUAAAGUUGCCGGACAAUGGUAGCAAGUUUUCGACCAACAAUUUGAUAGCCGGACAAUUUCCCAGACGAAUAAGCCUCGUUACCGCGGUGGUAAAUCCUUCCUCGAGAGAAUUCUCAAACUCCAGUCCACCGAGAAUACAGAGAGGAUACUCGUGGCGUUUGUCUCGGCCAUCUUUGCGAAGGAAACGUUGGUCCCAAAGCGACGAGGAGCAAGCCAGUCGAACGAUCGUUUUGAACAAUGGCAGAAGUGCCUUCGGCGGUUCCAAUUACACCUUCAACGGUGGUUACCUGCACGGCUCGAUAAGAAACGACACGCAAUGCGACGCGCCCAAUAAUCGAACGACCGUCCUAACGAGCAAUAAUCGCAGCCUCAGCCCUAACAAUUCCAUCGAAAGCCACGGUUCAUCGAUGCGCCGUUACACGGCCACGCCUAACCAGAUGCGAUGGAUCGGCGAACUCUCGCGAAGGAACUCCUUAAGAGGAUACGAAAACGUUCAAGGUGCCGGUAGAAAGGGUAUGGUGUCGGAGGAGGUGCCAUGCUCGACGCCUCGAACGAUAAACAAUUUAUCGAUGGAAACAGGAGCACUGCCGAGAAUUAAACCUCUUCCAGAUCAGGAGGACGAUCAUUCGCGUACGGACGAUCAGACGCCUCCUUCGAACGGCCACGGUAGCGCGAGCAGCGUCGAGAGGAUCAAGAAGAUAUUUAUGUUCUUCGAGCCAAAGGGUUGUCUCAAGGAACGCGACGAUUACGCGCUGUAUAUAUUUUCGCCUAAUAACAGAUUUCGAGCUUUCUGCCGUUGGUUCGUCGAUCAAAAGUGGUUCGACAACGCGAUUCUCUUCUUUAUCGGCUUGAACUGCAUCACUCUGGCGAUGGAGAGACCGAACAUACCGUCGCACAGUCGCGAGAGACUCUUCCUCAUGACCGCCAAUUACAUCUUCACCGCGGUAUUCGCCGUCGAGAUGUUCAUCAAGGUCGUAGCAACGGGUAUGCUUUAUGGUUCGGACGCUUACUUCACGUCGGGCUGGAAUAUCAUGGACGGAUCCCUAGUCACCAUAUCUAUCGUCGAUUUAAUGAUGUCUUUGAUUUCUUCCAGUAGUCCGAGAAUAUUUGGAAUUUUGAGGGUUUUUCGUUUGUUGAGAUCGUUGAGGCCAUUGCGAGUGAUCAAUCGUGCUCCGGGAUUAAAGUUGGUCGUACAAACGUUGCUGUCAUCUUUACGACCGAUCGGCAAUAUCGUUUUGAUAUGCUGUACCUUCUUCGUAAUAUUCGGAAUUUUGGGCGUACAAUUGUUCAAGGGUGCGUUUUAUUAUUGCGACGGUCCAGAUAUAAAAAAUGUUCGCAAUAAAACGGAUUGCCUGGCGGAUAAGCGAAACGUAUGGCUCAACAGGAAAUAUAAUUUCGACGAUCUCGGCAAGGCGCUCAUGUCUUUGUUCGUUUUGUCAUCGCGAGACGGUUGGGUCAACAUCAUGUAUACCGGAUUGGACGCGGUUGGCGUGGAUCAACAGCCGAUCGAGAAUUAUUCGGAAUGGCGUUUGUUAUACUUUAUCGCGUUCAUCCUUUUGGUCGGAUUCUUCGUCCUGAACAUGUUCGUCGGUGUCGUCGUUGAGAACUUUCACAGAUGUCGAGAGGAACAAGAGAAGGAGGAACGAGCGAGGAGGGCAGAGAAGAGGGCUCAGCAAAUGGAGAAGAAACGACGAAAAAUGCACGAGCCACCGUACUAUACGAAUUAUUCGAAAACGCGGCUUUUCAUUCACAACGUCGUAACAUCCAAGUAUUUCGAUUUGGCGAUAGCUGCCGUAAUCGGCUUGAACGUCGUCACGAUGGCCAUGGAAUUUUACAUGAUGCCGAAGGCACUCACCUAUGCCCUCAAGAUAUUCAAUUACUUUUUCACCGCCGUUUUCAUUCUGGAGUCGCUCAUGAAGCUGUUGGCCCUUGGUAUACAUCUUUAUCUGAAGGACAAAUGGAACCAAUUGGACGUAGGGAUCGUUAUAUUAUCAGUAGUCGGCAUCGUUUUGGAGGAAGUCGAGUCGAAGAUCAUACCCAUCAAUCCUACCAUCAUUCGCGUUAUGCGAGUUCUGCGUAUAGCCAGAGUAUUGAAACUUUUAAAAAUGGCCAAAGGUAUACGCGCCCUCUUAGACACGGUAAUGCAGGCGUUACCGCAAGUUGGCAACUUGGGUCUGCUCUUUUUCUUACUGUUCUUUAUAUUCGCGGCCCUGGGAGUGGAACUAUUUGGCCGAUUAGAGUGCAGCGACGAAACACCUUGCCAAGGCCUCGGCGAGCACGCUCAUUUUAGUAACUUUGGUAUGGCCUUCCUUACCCUCUUUCGCGUAGCCACCGGUGACAAUUGGAACGGCAUCAUGAAGGAUACGCUUAGGGAUGAUUGCGACGAGGCAACGGAUUGCGUGAAAAAUUGUUGCGUCAGCACUAUCAUCGCCCCUAUAUUUUUCGUCAUUUUUGUACUAAUGGCACAAUUCGUUCUCGUCAAUGUGGUCGUCGCGGUGUUGAUGAAACACCUGGAGGAGAGUCAUAAGCAGAUGGAAGACGAGUUGGACAUGGAAACGCAAUUGGAAAGAGAGCUGGCCGCCGAACGGGAGGAACUUCUUGAGGUUGAGGAGGAGGAGGAGGAAGAGGAGGAGGAGGAGGCGGCGGCGGCGGCCGGUUCGUUCGAAAGACGCAACAUUGGGGAUGAUUUGGACGAGGACGAUGAAAGAGAAUUCGAGUCGAUAAUGGGAACUAGCGAGAAGAUUCUCGUUAGACCGGGUCUCGCAAAGGUUCGUUCCUUGCCGGCCAACUUCAUUUACAAUCCGCCAAAGGAAAAGAGUUUGGACGAUACUUCCGUUUCGGUGGCGAUCAACGUUAAAGAAAGAAGGCGUAGUUCGUGCUUCCGCUCGUAUCCAAGACCGUCCAAGUUCAAAUCGAAGCGCCGACAGACCUUCCACUCGAGCAACCAACGAAGGUCUUUGCUGCCGAUGCACUUCGAAGUUACCGAAGUCUUUGAGAAGCCCGUUUGCAAUUUGAGCGUCCCGCGAAUUAUUCCUCAUCGUAUCUACGCGAUGGAAAGUCAAGAAGCCAUACCUCCGGAGAGCCAGUAUCUUCGAGUGACGAGCAACAACAAAGAGAACAAGUUGCUCCUUUGCGCGAGCAGACCAACGGCUAGUUCUUCGCCUGUCACGCCUAGCGGCUCUACCUCGACGCUUACCACCGGCGGUCUGAGAUAUCAGAACGAGCGUUACUUGUUGCCGACCGCCGAGAUCUAUCCGUCUAAGGCCUGUUUCGCCCGAAGAAUCUCGACGGACGUUCAGUCGCAAUUGGAGACGAGUACGAGCAUGGCCACGGGAAGCAGCACGAGGACGCCGAGUAUUGCGAGCGAGUACGCACCGAGUAUUCGCGCCAAGAGCGAAGGAGCUACGGAAAAUGCGAGAUUGUCGAAGGAGAAGGAAAAACAAAGGUCGACUCAAGCGGAGGAGGAGGAUCUCGACGUGCAAUCGGUGAUCAACGAAAGAAGGCCGUCCAGGCUAAGGAGUGCCACCUCUUCCGGUACGUCGACGACCGGGACGAGCGAUCAGUGCGCUCAAAUCGUGCGCGUCGAGAGUUUCGCCCACAUUUACGCGGCGGAGGAGCUACCGGACGAGCCGCCGGACGAAAGUUCGGCCUUUGAAAAUGUCAGCGAGACCGACACGAGCGGGAGUAUCAACGGGAGUGGAACUGUGAGUGGUAGCGACGGUAGUCGUAGCAUUAGCGGCCUUGUUCAGGUCGUCGAGUGUACCACAUGUCCUGCGAUCAGCACGGAUGUUAGAAUAUAUGUCGACGACACGGACUCGAUCAGCAGCAGCGGACACUUUGGACGAACUUUUGCCGACGACGACGACGACGACGACGACGACGACGACGAGACGCCUGACAUUACUAUGUCGAUAUCAGUGCCGAUCGACGUCGUCGAUGAAGAAGCGGAGGAAGAUAUCGUCGAAACAACGGAAGAUCCGCCAUCCUUGCCCGGCCCUUCCGAUCCCUCUUAAUGAUUAACGUUGCUGCCGUGACAUCGUUGCUAUUCCACGACAAGAGGAACUAUGAAAAAUCGACGGCGUCGACGACGGGCUCUAAGAAAGACUGUAGUGCAUGACAAUAUAGUCGUUAUAUUCUAGUCACUUUGCCGCCGUGAACUUGCCAAAGAGAAAAGGAGGAUGCAGACGGGCGGAUGGGGGAGAGAAGCGAAAGGAACAAAUGCGUCAAAAAACUCUUACGAGUUUUAGAGAAUUCGUCGUUCCAAUGGUGAUAAGUAGAGAUAAUAUAGUAGAAGGAAGAUAUAUGAGAGGGAGAGAGAGAGAGAGAGAUAAGGUGUUAUAUUUUCACGUCGAUCUCGAAACUCGAUUCGAGCAUCGAACUCGACUUACUGUUCGAGGCUAAGAACGACGGGGAUUAAAAGUCGCUAUUUUCGGGACUGGUCGAUCGACUUCUCGACGAAUUACUUUUUUUCACUUAGAUUCGAUUCCUUGCUCGUACUAAUCCAAGAAGAGAUAUUCUUUUAUCGAGAUCGCGAGUCGAUCAUUGUUUCUCUUAACGGUCAUUGUUUAUUAUUACUUUUCUACGUAGAUAAAUCGGUUCCUCCGAAAAAGUUUUGCCUCCUCUCGGCAUUUUAUCCCAACACGAUGAUAUUCUCCCACUGUUUUUCUCUAAACUUUGAAUGAGAUACGUAAUGACAAAUCGAACGAAAAGUCGAUCAGUCGGAUCAAUGGUAACUCUAUUUUCGUUUUAACGGUCUCGUUACAUUUCGUCAAGCAAAAUACAAAACAGGCGACAUACACAAUACGUAUAACGCACUGAAAACUUAUGACAAUCUCUUAUUGCCAGCGGUAUCGAAACUCGGUUCCCGCUAUGAAGCGUCAUGGAAGUCAUUCGUAGGAAUUGGUAGAGAAGAAGCACGACGUAUUAUAAAAUCGCGUCGAAAAAACAAAAAGCAAAAAAAAAGAAAAAAGAAAAAAAGAAAAAAGAAAAUAAUAAUUUAACAAUAAUUUAGCGAAUUUGUAGCUCUUAGGUAGAUUUAUCGAGUCUACGUGACAAAUUGCAAUUUAUCGGACCACACUUCCUCGCCUUUCCUUUAUUCUCGCGUUGAUCGCCACCAGGAGUUAUAGAAAGAAAGGAUUAGAUAUCGUUAACGCGCGUUUAUGACGAUCGCAUAAAUGUUCUUUGAAACGCGAGUGUAUCCUCCUAGGGAAAAUUUCUUUCUCCUUGUUAGCUUUCUUCUACUCGAUGGAAAAUCCAGCGACGUUCGCUCGAUAAACCAAUCGAUCUAGUUCAAUGCGUUUAGAUAAAAAGUUCAUUCGAGUAUAUGUACAUAUGUUCAUAAGUACCUUAGAUACAUAGCGUAUCUCCUGGGGCGAUCACGAGUCAAAUCGUUCGAUCCUCCUCGUUUCGUUCUCUUCGUUUUUCUUUUUCUAUCUUAGGACGUUCUUCUCGUUAACAUCUGUGAUAUACUUUAAUCGUAGUGUAUUUCCUAUAACGACAGCAGCAAACAUCGGCAAGCGAGCGGGUAAAACGUUAAAAGAUGGCACAGAGGAGGGAAAAUUAGGGGAGAGAGAGAGAGAGAGAGAGACGCUACGUAGACAAGAGAGCGAGAGAUAAUAGCUGAAUUUUCCGAUAAAAUGAAAAAGAUUAGAAAACGGAGAUGAAAGAUCCGAUCGAGGAAGAACAAAAUGAAAAAAGGAAUAGAAAUUCAACUGUACAUACAUACAUUUAUGAAUACUCUAUACUCUACAUUUGGUGCGAUUUAUUUUGAUACUACCACCGCGUGCGGUAUUAUUUAAACGAUCGUCGGAGUAUAAGUCCAAAAAAAAAAACAAAAAAAAAAGACAAAAAAAAAAGGAAAAAAAAACAAAAAGAAGUAAAAACGGGUGGAUAAACGAGCAAAGCAAAUGUUUAAAGAAAAAAAAAAAAAGAAAAAAAAGAAUAAUAAAUUCCAUGCCUUUUCGAACGUCGACGAGCCUUAGUACGGCGGUGGUGUUCGCGCUCUAUAAAUAUAAUAAAAUCAAAAGCAAUCCCGGUAUAUAAAAACUACUGCUGGCGAUCAUCGAAAAAUCUAACGAUCAACGUUCGUAUAUAUUAUAUACCGAUUAAUCGAUAAUACAGUUUCUAAAAAAUUUGAAAAAUCAAUCGAUGCCAGCUUUAGAUUUGACUGGCCGGGAGAGAGGGCUGAACGAUGUAAUGUAAGGAGAGAGAUAUAGAGAGAGCCACUCCUCGUACGACCGGCGAAGACGUUUGUUGCUAAAAUACACACACGUACACGCAAACAAACAUAAACUGAAACAAUAGAGAGAAACAAGAAGAGCAAAGUGAAGAUAAUGUAGUAAAAGUUGAAAGCGCCGUGCGCCGUAAUCGCUAUGGAAAAAUAGUCCGAGUAUCCAUGUACGUUUCUUAGACCAAAGUUGCGUAGUGCUCCGUUGGCUAUCGAAUAAUAUAGUCCAAGUUUCACCCUGUUCAAAAUGUCUGGUGGGUACGCUAACCGACGCGAGCCGCUCUAGUCGUUUUUCAAACGGUACGCUAUAGCCACGACGAAGUCAAUUAGCGCGUAUUUUCUAUGUACAAAAGACAAAUUAUAGAUGAGAUAGAAAGAGAAGAGAGAUCGAGAGAUAGGGUUAAAGAGGAGGAAGAAGAAGAAGAAGAAGAAGAAGAAGAAGAAGAAGAAGAAGAAGAAGGGAACGUCGAUAGAAAUAUGAUCAAAUAACAAAUAAGUACACGCACUCGCAGCCGAGAUAUGCUCUCGGUAGAUUUCUAAUAGGAAAGGGUGGCAAAAAAGAAAAAAACAAAAGUGAAAGAAAAAUUAAAGAAGGAGAAAAUGUCUAUUAUUAAUCAUGACGGGAGCUUUUUUUCUGAAACGUUUUAACGAGAAUUAAAUUUAAGACUCUCGCGUGUAUCGAUGUUCAUUAGACGAUUUGAACAGAGUAUGUAUUUAGAUACUUAUAUACUCGUGUAUAUCGAAAUGCAGACGAUGGUACGAACGCGCAAAGCGUUCCUUUUUGCUUCUUGUUUUCCCUUUUUCUUCUUCAUCGUUGACCGUGGGAAAGAAUCGAGUGUCCUUCAACGAUUCACGAUCACUCCACUUAGAUCUAUAUCUCUAGAAUGUCAUUAAAAGAAUGAUUGCGUCAUUGCGUCGGAUUGAUUCAUCCGUUUAGAGAUGACACGAGACUCCGAUCGACGCGAAGAAGAAAUCGCGAUGGUCGAGGGACGUAGAGAGAAUUCUUUGCUUCUCGAGCAAUCUUUCAUUUUUCCUUUUUCUAAGAGAAAUUUUUGACGAGAAGAAAACUAAAACAAAGAUUAGUCCGAUCGUGUUAGAGUUGCGUCUAUUAAAAUAUUCAUCUUCACUCGAGAGAAUCCCACAUUUCCUUCUCGCAAUACUCGACAAAGACAAUCGACGUUUCUCGAUUUGGAGGCUCGCGUUCGGUGCUCUCCCUCGAGAACGUAAAAUAAUUAAAAGAAGAAAAUAGAAAAAAAAAGGAAAAAAAGAAAAAAAAAGAAAAAAAAGAAAAAAAAAAGAAAAAAAAAAGGAAAAAAAAAGGAAAAAGGUUCGUACCACCGUUGCGUCAUCAUCGUUUCUCCGGCACCACGACCGAGUCUCGAUAGCUCGAUAGCGUUAUUAGGCGACUGACCUCCGAAUUAUAGUUAUUCUAGUCGCACUGUGGAUUAAACGAAAAAAAAUCGACAUUCAAUCGGACGGACGGAAAGGGGGAAUCGUAAAUGUUUUAUCGUUAAAAAAGGAAAAUAAAUAAAAGAAACCAAAAAAAAAAAUGGAAAAAAAAAAGAAAGAAGAAACAUAGACAAAGAGAAGAAAGAGAAACGUAACGAUGUAAAACUUCUUCGCCACGUGCCUCUCGAGUCUGUUCUUCGCCCGUAGAGAAGGCAGUGCGUAAUCGUCGAACUAUUAAAGUGUCUAAGCAAGCAAGAUUAAGUAAAUAAAAAAAUAAAAAAAUAAAAAAAAUAAAAAAAUAAAAAAAAUGAAGAAGAAGAAGAAAGAAAAGUCACCGGUCGUCGUAGAGCCGGGAGAUAUGUCGUGCUAUUUUAAUUACAGUACAGGUUAAAACAAAAUGAAAAAAAAAAAAAAAAAAAAAAAAAAAAAAAAAAAAUUGCGUGUAGUCCUGUAGGGCUGCCAAUAAAGAAGCGUCCUUUCUUGUCUGCCUGAUUCAAUAAUAAUAUACGUAUCUAUGUAUGUGGAUAAGUCCUCUAAAUGUACAUACAUAAAUGCGUAUAUCAAAGUUAUAAAUGCCUGAAUGCCUGUGCACGCGUGUAUGCGAUAUUUGUGAGCGUUCGCCGUGGGAGGAGAAGAAAGAUUCGGCGCGCUUCUUUGGCCUUGGCCUGAAUUUCAGAAAAGUAAGGAGAAAGAGAGAGAGAGAGAGAGAGAGAAAGAGAGAGUCUUUGAGCACGAGUGAGUACGUAUCUGUGUGCGUGAGAGAAAUACGUGGUAUCAAGAGGGUGCGUUAGUUGCGUAGAAGGAAACUAAAUAUGUACAAAUGUAAUAAAUUAAACGACGAUUACGUUGAA